ACGAGGCUACAGUGAAGAGAUCAGAGGCAACACCCUCAGCAAGGCCUGCCUACGCUGUGCCAUAUGCAUGUGAUGCCCCAGCUAGCAACAGACAUCUCUAGCAAGUUAUUCCCUCGAAGGAACAGGUGGGGCAGAUCAUGUGCCAGCUUGUCAUUGCUGCACUCUUUCCGAGACCAGCAUCCGCUCUCGAUGGAAUGCACAGUAUCGAGGAAACAGCUAUUCUGGCAGACUUGGAUGAGCAUUGGCGUCUAUGGCGGGUAGAUUCAGAUCGAGAAGCUGGGAGGGAACUGAGAGCUGCGAUCAUGCUGCUGAGUCCGUGAUGACAUAAGAUUGCCUUUUGAAGAACUGUCUACCUAUUAAAGCAUAUGACCUGAUAUAAAGACGUAAUUCGAAACUUUCCAGUUUCUGGCACCAACUCGAUCUUAGAGUUGUAUCCGGAUACGAGAUCCAUAAAUGCGCGCAGUGAAGUCCAAUUCCACUGGAACCAGGAAGGGUUCUGUGGUUCUGUCGUGUAAUGGGCCUUCGAAAGUGCAUAGGGUGAUGACUGAGAAAGUGACAUGUACCUGUAGCUUUCCCUGAAAGCAAUAAAGUUUGUACAUGCCGAACUUCAUGUUAACUGCAUAGCCCUUUGAGGUUGGACGC